GAAAAAUUGAGAAUGGGAAAUAAUUAAUCAUGUUGUUCAGUUAGAAUAAGAUAGCCAACUAAUACUUUAGACAAAAAAGAAGUGUUUCUAUUAUGUGAUGUUCUAAAGCAUUCUUAGGAGGACAAUCAUACUACUUAUUUAGAUAAACAAUGCUUUGAAAGAAUAUUCUAAGAUAAUCCUUUAUUUGGAGAAUAAGUGUAUGAAUAUUGUUCGCAUAUUUUGAAAGCCACUUAAUUGUCUCUUGAAGGAUGCAUUAAUAUAUGUAAGACUUUACUUAAAGUUCUAGUAUAAGGAAUAUUAAGUACUUCAGACAUAACACCAAUACUGCUUUAGAUUUGUACAGAAAACUAUGAUGGAACAAUUCAAGUAAUAACAGUUUAAUAGGCAUUUCAAUUCAUAGGAGUAAUAUAAAUAUUGAUGUUUUAAGUUAAUAAUAUCUAUAUUUCUAACAUUUUGUAUUAGAAAGUAGUAGAUUGAUACUUAAGUAUUAGAUGUCUUGAUUCAUUCUUUAUUUAAAGAAAAGUAGAUGAAAAUCAAUGAAUUCUUGUCUAUAAUUGAAGCUAAUUUUCCACACAUUCAAAAACUUAUAAGAUUGUAUUUAUCUUAUCGAUUAUUGUAAAAACCAUUUAAACAAAUGAGAGUUGCAAAAAUUGAUAAAGACUCAUUCAGUUUGAAAUAUGAAUGGCUUGCUAUUAUGGGUUUAGCAUCAUCCGAAUUGCAUCGACAUGGUUAAGUCACAUUAAUUUAUUAAUCUGCUUUAUAAUCAAUUAAUAUACAAGAAAUAUUAAUUUCAAUGCAAUAAACUUAAAUUUUAUUAGUAGUUACAUUUCAAGAUGAAUAAAACAACAAAAAAUUAACUUUAGCAAUUUAUAACAAACGUUAAUGGUAAAUAGAUUGUAAAGACACUGAAAAUAUUAUUGCAUUUUAAAUCUCUCCAGUUUUUUAUAUAUAUAGAAGUUCGUCUAAACACUAUUUUAAUAAUAAUGGAUUUGGAUUCUCAUUUGAUCCAAAAUCUAAUAGAUAUUUAUUAUGGCUUGGAUAAUAAAAUAGUUACUUUUAGAAUUCUUAAAGAGUAAAUAUGAAAAUAUAUUAUUAGUUGAUAACUGCUGAAGUUUGGAGAUGUGAAGAAUUAUAAUCUAAAUUAAGAAAAAGUGUUAUUGAUGAAGAUAAAACCUCCACUUUAAGUCCAAAAGAAUAAAAAAAACGAGUUUCAUUUCGAUUAUUAGAUGAAAAUCAACCUUCUAGAAAGAGUAAUUCAGUUACUCCAAUAACUAAAAAACUUAAUUUUAUUGAAAAUGUUCCUCCUCAAUCUUAAUUAUAAAAUCCUAUCUAACCUUUGUAAAAAUCUUUAAAUUUAUUUAGUUAAAUACAAACUACAUAAGAUGAUUAAGAAAGUCCUAGAUCUCCUCAUUUUAAAAGUGAUAAUCCUCCUACAUUUAAUAAUCCCUAAGUUUAAGUAUUAAAAUCUUACCCAAAUUCAUAAAAUUUAGUUAAUACUUAAUAAUAGAAUAAAUAACAAUAAAAUCGUCCUUCUUAAUCCAUCAUUGAGAAAUAUGGUAAUGGAUAAAGAUAAACAAGAAGCUUUUCAAAUAAUUAUGAAGUCAGAAAAAGCGUAGAUGAUAUUCUUAAAAGGUAUGAAAAGAAAUAAUGA